UUAAAAUCGUUGAGAAAAUCUAAGAGCUCGUGCUUCAUAUAUUUUUACAAAUUAAUUUGUAUUUUAUAAAUAAAAUAACAAAAUAAAAACAUCGAUACUCCCAACCAUUAGAUGGCGUUGUACAGCAAAGAGAAAUAAGUGCCGAAGAAGAAAAUCAACACCAUGAAUAAAAUGUUACCGCGUUACUUAUGUUUUUUUUUCAUUCAAUGAAAUAUGGAUUUUGUUUAAGCACUGACGGGUUUACUGGAACUUUGGACACGACAACGGAGAGCUGUGGGUGGCGUCGCCAUGGCCGGGACUACAGUUGCUCUCGAGUGGGAUGAGAUGAGGAGGAUCGAGCCGCGAAGCCUCCACGAAUGUGACAGAGAUGAAUUGGACCACCUUGUCGCGCGGCUCACCUCGACAGAAGAGUGGCGGGUGGAGCGUCAGACUCAGGAAGAUGUAGUCCACAUGCUGCGAGUGUUGCAGGCCCUGCUCAAGAUGAAACAUCAGGAAGCAUCUCUCGCUGAGCAGUUAAUAGAAGAGCAAGAGAAAAAUGAAAAUAAACUUCAAGCCAAGAUAUUGAGACUGGAGGAAGACCUCAAGGUAAGGCUUGGUUUAUUAAAAACAAUUUCAAAAAACGAAAAUUCACCAGUCCACAUGGACUCAUGCGUCAUAUUUAGAGGCUUGUUUCAGAUCUCUCAUUAUUUUCACAAUAUGUCAUUUUCAGUUGGCCCAUCACUAUCGAUUAUUCCAUCCAUUCUUCGCAGGACGCAACUGGAACAAAAGGAAAAGGAGGUGACCCAUUUGAGAAGGGAGAUGGGAGGAAGCAAGAAGACCAUCGAUGAGUUGGUCCUGCGAGCAGAAGCAGCCGAGGACGAGGUCAAGACGUUGAAAAGGGAGAACACGCAGCUGCAGCGGGAUGUUGACUUUUACCAAGGAGAGUUGGAACGGAAGGAGUCCGAUGCGUCCAAAGAGGAGAAUGCCGAAACUCAAAAGAAGCUCAGCUCAGCCAACCGUCAGCUUUCCCAGUGCCUGGACGACUUGCAGCAAGCAGAAGAGGAGAUUUCACAGCUGAAGGCAGACAACCUCCACAUGCAGAAAUGUGUGAUGGAGUCAGCAAAGGAGAUGGAAAAGAUGAGCGACGAGUACAACCACAUCAAAAUGGCCGUCCAUCAGUGCGACUCCUUGACAGACCAGCUUAGGAAAGACAGGGAUCGCGCUGAGCUUCAGGUCAGAGAGUUGACGCAGAAGAUUAACUCCAUGACAGAAGAGGAUGACCCCAUUAUUGCAGCAGUGGACGCUAAAGUGGACCAAUGGAAGGCCACAGCAUUGGUCCAGCAGAGAAAAAUGGAGGAGCUCACAUCCAAGCGGGAUGUUGCAGAAAUGAGAGCAGCAGAGGCAGAGGAGGCUUUGAAACGAGCCGAAGCUCAUGCCGAAGAAAAAGACCGAGAGCUCAUCGAGGCCUCAAAGCGCCUGAGAGAAUAUGAAAGAGGCACUUAUGGCCUGGAAGAAGCCACCGCUGAGAUCAAGGAGUGUAAAAGUCAAAUCCAAAGGAGAGAUUUGGAGUUGGAAUCUGUGACCAAAGAGAUCAACCAAGCAUACAUGGCGAUUAACCAGCUCUCAGAGGAAAAUGAGGACUUCCGGGAAAGACUCGGCUAUGAACCCAAACAGGAAGUGGACCUGAGCGAAUUCAGACGAGCAAGAGACCUUAAACAGCGGCAAUAUAAAGCUGAAAAUCAAAUACUCGCUAAAGAGAUUGAACGUCUUGAAGAGGAACGACUACAGAUGAAGAAACAAGUCAGACUCCUGGCCAAACAGAGAGGGCUGCCACCAUCCAUCUUGGUGGAGGAAGAUGUCUCACACAGGACAAAUCACACAGACGAAGAGCGCCGAGCCAAGAAUGAGCACCUGGAAGAAGAGCUGCAAAUCCAGAAGAGACAGAUGGAGCUCAACAAGACACAGUUUCAUCUCAAGUUGGAGCAGCUCUCCAAGGAGAAAGGAGAUGUGGAGGCUGCGCUCAAGGAUGUCCUCCGGGCUUUGAAGGCCAAGGAGACCAGUCCGUCUGACGCUGACUUGGGUAUUUCUGGUCGAGUGGAUGUAGAGAAGGUCAUGGGCAAGCAACUGACGUCAGACCUCAAGUCUCAAAUCCACGAAUUAGUGGGCAGAAACGAGGAGCUCCGGCGGGAACUGAAGUCCACCCGUGAGGAAGCGACGGGCAGCGUGGCUCAACUCGCCGCUGCAAAAGAGAAGAUGAGUCACCUGGAGGGCAAGCUGGAGCACCUGAGCAAGUCCGGCGGCGGCAUCACUGGCGGCCUCUUCCAACCACUGAGCCUCCCCGAGGGCCUGGAAAUCAGCAGCAUGGAGAUCAUCAACUCCUUGAACGAGUACGCCGUCCGGCUGCUUCAGGAAGUCCAGAAUCAGGAGAACACACGGGAUAAGCUGACAGCAACACUGGAGGAAUACAAAGAGAAAUUUGCCAUUAUUAGCCACCAGCAAGGGCUUCUGUAUGAGGAAUACCUCAGUGAGAAGUCGCAAUGGGAGAAGGAGAAAGAAGCUUUGACGAGCACCAGAGGCAGACUUGAGGAGAAACAAGAGUUGGACUCUGUUAAACUCCAGCAGUUCAGCGACCUGCUGGAAGCCCUUGAGAAGGACCCAGAGGAAGUCAGGCGGCAUCUAAGUGAAUCGCUGCGCAAGUUGACCGUGUCCAAAGUCAAUGAGAAGAAGCUGACUCGACGUUGCACCACCCUGAUGGAGCAAGAGCAGCACCUGCGCAAGGAAAAUGGUCGGCUGAGGGACGCCGACGCUCAAAUGCAGACUGCUGUCACCGAGAGAAUCGGCUGCCUGCUCAGAUACAAGGAAACUGCAGCGUACAGGAUGGCGGUGCUGCAGAAGACCUUGGAUGACAGCGUGCCGGCGUCGGAGCUGGAGAAGGCCAACAGGCAGUACACGGAGCUCACAGUCAAAUACAGAGAUGUGCUACAGAGAGACGGACUGCUCGUCAAGAGAACCACAAACUUGGAAAAUCUGGAGAGUGAGAAUGCAUCUUUAAGAGGACACAUGGCCACCAUCAACAAGGAGCUGGAGAUCACCAAAGAAAAGCUGCACGCGUUGGAGCAUGCAUGGGAGAACUCGAAGUUGGAAAUGGGCGAGGGUGAUGCAGAGAAGAGCCCCGGCGAGGGGGCAUCGGCCGCCCGGCGGCUGGCCACGCUGGAGAUGAAGGAGCUGAACGAGCGUCAAAGGGCGGAGCAUGCCGCCGCCAUGUAUGAACGGCUGAGGAGCUCACUUAGCAAGGUGGAAGAGCGGAACAGUGAGCUGGAAGCCAAGUUUGCUGAGUUGACCAAAAUGAAUGUAGAGGCACAACACCUGGAGCGAGAGCUGAGAGAUGAGCUGGCUGACUGUGUCACCAAAGCAGCAAGCGAUGCCGACCGGGCGAGGAUCGGACAGCUGGAGGCCAUUGAGGCACAACUGCGCACGGAGCUUUCAAAGCUUCGGGAGGUUUCCGACAUUGCAAUGAAACAAGCGUCAGCUUUCCAGGCCAGGCAACAUUCUAACGACAAGGAGGUGGAAUCUUUGAGGAGACAAAUCUUAGACUACCAGUCUCAAUCGGACGAGAAGGCCCUGGUGGCUAAGCUACACCAGCACAUUGUGGCUCUGCAACUCAGCGAGUCAGACGCCUUGACUAAGCUGGCCGCUUCCGCCGCCCACGUCCGCCAUUUAGAGGCACUCUUGCGGCGCUCCGAGCAGCGUCAGGACGCCGGUGAGCGGGCGCUGUUCCUGACCCGUCAGGAGGCCAGCAGCCGUUGCUGGCGCCUGCGACAGACGGUGCAAUCGUUGCGCCGCCAGUUUGCUGGCGCGCUUCCACUGCAACAGCAGGAGAAGUUUUCGUCCACCCUGGUGGGCCUCCAGGAGGAGAGGGCAAAGGCGUUCCAGGAGAGGAGGGAGGCAGAGGAAGCACGGAGGACAGCGGAGGGUCGCGCGGAAGAGCUGGAGUUGAGGCUACGAGGCCUGGAGGAGCUCUGUAUCACGUUGAAGGAUGCCAAAGGGGCCCAGAAGGUACGCGAGUGGCACAAGAAGAUGGAAGAAGCCCAUCUGCAGGAGCUGAGGAAAAGCAGGGAGGUGACAAUGCAAAAGGAGGAGAUCCGGUACCUGAAGAACCUGCUGGAGGAGCAGGAGAGAAACAUCCACUCGCUUAGCGAGGAAAUUGUACAGCAAAAUAUGAUUCAAGAAGAGCACCAGCUCGCGUGGGACCAGAGAGAGUUGGAGUUGGAACGUCAGCUGGACCAGCACGAGAAACAUCAGGAGUUACAGGGAGGCACUGAAAAGGCAAUGGAUACUCCCAGCUACCUCCCGGACACAAAUCUACCUCUCAACCAACAACAUGAGUUUGCCUUGAGAAAAAUCAGUGAGCAAGUUGAUGUUAUCUUGAACACGCAGGCCGCUGGAAAACGUUUGGAGGAGAAACUGAAGGAGAAGGAAGAAGCCUUGAGAAAGUCCGAAAAGAAUGUGGCGGCCAGGGACAAAGUCAUCAACGAGCUGCGUCUAUGCCUCCCGUCCGUUGUCGCCGGCGGUGGGCGUCCACCGACGGACACUACCGAGCGUGAAGGAGAAGCACUCAAGCUGGUGCACAAGACUGUGAAAGAUCUCCAAGGGCGAUUGGACAAGAAAGAUGGUGUGCUGAAAAAGUACCAGAACCAACUGUCACAAGCCGUAAAGGAUCAAGAGGAGCUGAUCAAGAGGCAUGACGAGGAGCUGAGGACACUUUAUCAGAAGUUGGAUUCGAACAAUGACACCAACCUGGACCGCCUCAAACAGCAAGCAGCGGAGAUGAUGAAAAAGCCCAGCAUCGUCGUGCCUACCUCCAAACAUUUGGACCGCAUGGCAGAGUUGGAACAGACUGUGGUCGAACAGGACGUGUCGCUCAUGUCUGUCACCAAUAAGCUGAAGAUGGCCAUCGUGGAAUUGGAGCAAGUGAAGAUGGCCAUGGAUACGCAGGCCAAGAAACAUGCAGACGAGAUGUCCAGGUUAUGGGGGGUUUCCCCCAUCAAAAAGGGACUUUAUGUGAAGAAUCGCAUUUUAAAAAGGUGCUGCAUAUGUUCAAAACCAGGAACAAGUGGUGACAGAAGAACAUCUGAAACCAUCUUGCUAAAAUCACGGCUCUUGCACAGGCUCAAGGAGUUUCAUAGCGUAGAGGUGGAAGAUCUGGCCGUGGAGACCAAAGACCAGAAGAGAGAAAUAACAGAGCUGAAGAAGGAGAUUGACUCUCUCCAGAACGAGCUGGAGAGCCAAAAGGAGGCCAACGUUCUGUCUCCAAGCAACACCAUGAAGAACUUGGUGCAACGCCUAAGGCUGCAGCUGGUCCACAAAGAGAAACAGAUCAAGGCUCUCAGCAAGGUUCUCUUAGAACUGCGGACCCAAAUGACAUCUGCUGCCGAACAACAAGUCUUAGCCAACGCCGCACAGACUGAGGAGAGGCUCAAUGUACAGAAGUUAGUCGACAAGCACACCAAAGACCUGAAGGCUCGGGUGCAAGAGCUCAGCAAUGAGCUCAAAACAGCAAAGGAGUCAGCCAAGAGAAACGAAAGCACCCUCAGAAAGGAGGUGGACAAUCUGAACCAAGAGCUCCAGAAGAGCCAGAAUCAUCAGAAGAGCCUUCGGGUCAAGAAUGAGGAAGGAGAACAGGAAAUCCAGGAGCUCCAGAAGCAAGUCAAGAGGCUUAGCAGCUGCAUUCAGAAUGAAAACAUGUUCGAAGGGAAGGGGCCAACGAUUGAGAAUCUACAGAAGAAGAUCAGGAAGUUGGAGUCAGACCUGGAGAAGAGUGCUGAAACCAAAAGAGUCAAUCAGGGAAAGAGCAAAGAGGAAAUACUGCUGUGGGAAGAGGGCAAGAAGUGGCAGUCCAAGCUUGAGAAGAUAAAGAAUGCGCUGAAGGAUAAGGAACAAGAAAAUGACUCGCUGUCCAAACAGCUCAACACUCUAAAAGACCUCUAUGGCAGACUUGAGCGAGAGAGGAACAUACUGCUGAGGAAAACAAAAGCUCGAGGAGUGACGGCGGACCAGGUUGCGGGAGCGAGACGAGAUGAGCUGGACAAGGACCUCGAGGAGCUGAGGAAAAAGAACGCAGAGCUGGAGAGUCAGCUGAAUGCCAUUAAGCAGCAACAGGCUCUAAGUCGUGACGCAGCUGUAGAAGAUCUGACUCAGAGGAACCACCACCUGGAGGAAAGACUACGAGCCAUAGAGACCCAGACAUCUCCAUCAAGACUGCCUUUGGAUUCAUCGCAUGCAAAGAGGAAAAACUUGCAGGCUUUCAAAGGAGAAAUGACUUUUGAUGUUAAAAACGUCUCAUCGAAAGCAAGUGCAGCGCACCCUCCGGAUGAACCACAGUGCUGCUCCCCGGGCCCUGAGGUCAACAGUGUCACCUCUGAAAAGUCUGAGUUUGAAACUGACGCUGAAGAAAAGAUUUUGAACCUUGAGGCAGCCAAAAACCACACAGCACAAAACAACCACGUAGAGGGUGUAAAUAAGAUGGAUGCAAUGGGGAGUAACAAAUCUGCGGACAUACCGAAUGGUUCAGAGGAUGCAGAGCCUGAAUCUGAAGGAUGUGAAUCAUUGUCUUUCUCUGCAGAAGGUGAAACAAAAGGUAAUGGGAAUAAAAAUGAUGAAUUGGCUAGUCGAGACAGUGAUAAAGACGAGGGGCGAUCUGAUGCAGAAAAGCCUGAGGGGACAGAAGAAGAUUUAGUGUCUACAAGGGAAGCAACGGCAGAUAUUCCAGAUAUGACCAAAUACGAGGAACCAAGCCAAAACCUUGACAGGAAACAGAUGGAUGAUGGUGUACAGAAGCCAGAAAGCAGGUCGCAAAUAUAUCCAAAGACAUCAGAGAAGGAUGCAGAGACACCAAGAGACAUGAACCUCCAGAAGGAAAACCUCAAACUGGCUUCAGAGAAUCUGGAGCUCCGUCUCCAACUGGCACAGGCCAACAUCGAUCUGCCAAGGCUGAAGAGUAAAGUUGCAGACCAGGAAGAGAUGUUCAGUGUCCUAAAGAAAGAACGCGCUGAUUUGCAGAAGAGGCUGGCCAAUACCAAAGUUAGCUACAGCGGAAAAAGUGUGCCCGAACUCGAGAAAACCAUCCACUUGAUGAAGAAGGUGGUGGAGAGGUUACAAAAGGAGAAUGAGGCACUGAAGAAAACAUCAGCAAUUCAGAGUCAGGACAAGGCCUUGGAGCAAGAACACAAAAAGCUACAGGCCGAAUACGACAAAGUGAAGAGCCAACAGGAAGCAGAGAUUCGCAGAUUGGAAUACAAAUGCCGAGGACUGGAGAAGAUAGUGACAGAGAAUGAACGUCUGCGAAAGCAAGUCAAGAGGGAAGCGGAUGCCGUCGAGAAACUGCGAGUGUCUAAGACCAGCGUGGAGCUGGGCUGUGAGAAGCUGGAGGUUGAGCUGGAGGAAACGAAGCAAAGACUCCGCGACGCACUGUCCAAACCCGCCCUUGAAGUCACUGACGGCAAGUCCACCAAGGUGUCUGUGGUGACUCGAAUGUUUGAGAACAAGAUGAAGGAACUGGAGAAGGAACUCUCCACGAAAACCUCCAGUCUGGCAGAGCUCAAACAGAAAUUGAAGGAGGCUAAUCUACGUGAGGAGACGGCGCAGAUACGCAUUCAACGACUCGAAGAUCAGGUCGACAAAUUGAAUGUUGCCGGCGGGGCGCAUACAGAAGCAGACGUCUCCAAGAAAAUGAGCGAGUUGAGGAAAGAGAACGCAGAGUUAAAAAAAAGACUGGAUGAGUCCAGCGAGCAAGACGGUGGGACAUCCAAACACGACACAGAAAGCAGGAAGCUGAAAGGUCUCCUAAAGUCAGUGGAGGCGGAGAAAAGCGAACUGGAAGCCCAAGUCCAACAGCUGAAGGACGAAUUGGGCAAGUUGGAUGCCACAUUCUUUGACGAGAUUGAAGACUUGAAGUACAACUACAAUGUGGAGGUGAAGAAGAACGUCGUGCUCGAGGAGCAGCUGAGGGAAAUGUGUGAUCGCACCUCAAGAGACACCCUCAGUUGAGGUCAAAUCGGGUGCAGCGUUUAAUAACCAACUUCAUGACUUAGAUUUUACUUACACUGAUAAACCUUUCAGUGCCUUGGUAGGGAUAAGCAUCAGUGUAAUUUGAGCAAUUUGUCCAUCGGACAGUGUUAUUUUUAAAAUUGCAGUAACUUUUAUGUCUUAAAAGGUUACUUUCAUAAGUGCAGCUUCAACUGUAGUACAGUAUACUGUAUUUUUUUCUGUUUUACAACUGUACAAUUGUCAUGUACAAUGGUAGUGUUUGUGAUAACUACAAUAAAACAUUACACGGGUUGCUUGGGGAAGCCAUUGGAGCAUUUAGUUGACAUCCUUGAUAUCCAUCUUGACGUCUGUGUCCCAGUAGGCUGUCUUCACGAAGCCACUUCAAUGUGGGUGUGGGACAACUACGUGUUACUCGUGAGGCAAAACUGUGUGUUACUUGACAACAGGGUACUUUUAAGUUCACCCAUUUCUUUGGCUUAUAUGUUUAUAAUUCAGCCCACUUUUACGAUAGCCCGCCAUAAAUCUGUUCGAGCAGUUUUUCGAUACCCUACUAGUCCACUGAAUUGUCUUAAGUAUAUAAGUACUGUACUGUAUAUCAAAUGAAUGCUCAAACCGCUUUCUAAAGGUUAUCAGGUUGUACUUCCUACAUUACAACCUGAUGCAAUUAGAUUUUAAUUGACAUAAGUCUUUGUACCAUUUAAAAUAAAUACACUUUGAAUGAUUUUGUCUCUUGACAAAUGCAGAUAGAUAGAAGUGACGCUGAGCAGUACUUACUUUCGAUUCAGCGGUCCAGUCUUGCUCGUGGUAGUUUAUAUGUAUCCAAAUCUCCAAUCAAACGUAAUAAGCCGCUCACUCGCCUGCCUCUCGAACCCUACAGAUUGUCCACAAAAAUAUAUUCUCGUCCCGUGAACGAAUCUUGAUAUGCCGGCGUUUGCAAUGAAAAGGCGAAGCACCCCUACCACGAUGGUCGAACGCACGGGAUGUUUCUUUUUUUAGCAAGGACAAUCCCGCUCUAUUACCUGUCCUGUCAUAAUUUAAGACCUUAAAAUACUUUAAAAUACAAAUUGCGUCAUUUAGGGACAACACGUUGAGUUACGCACAAUCCCAAUUUAUGUUCAAAUUUGCGAACUUAAUAGACAUAUAUACUUGAUAAAAUACGGUUUACUUUGUUAGCGUGACGUGUUAGCUGCUAUGUUCAUCGUUGGCAGGUUUCACAAUUGAUGUACAAAGUUACCGAAUUGUAAAUAAUUAAGAAUUGUAAA